AUGAUAAACAGAGUAUCCAUAAACAUUCGUCCUUAUCCAACAAGAAUCCAACUUCUUUUAAGAAGCCAAAAUAGGUUAUUCUGUCACUCCAUAAAACUUCGAAGUAAUAGAACAAUUAUGACCGAUGUAACCAGUUCCAAUAGCUCUGCUUUCAAGAUGAAGUUCAUACCAAAUACUAAUAGGGCAUCAUCUCCUUCAUCUUCAACAUCGCCUACCAACACAGGCACCGGCACAAAUUCACAAUUCAAAUUCAAAUUCAUAAUACCUCAAAAGAAGGCAAAGGACCCAUCAGCAUCAAGUUCAAGCUCAAGUUCAAGUGCGACGACUUCACCUCUAUCAAAAUGGUCAAGUUAUUCUAUGCCAUCUAAGGAAGUAUUAGCAGAACAAAAAAAACUAAUAGAUGAAAAGGAGGCAAAGGAACAGCAAAGAUUAAAAGAAGCUGAAAAGAUAGUCAAAACGGCAAUGAAGGAUACAGUUGAAUUAGAAAAUAACAAGAGUGCAUCUACCAAUAAAACCACCGUAUCUGCGUCUGUAACUACAACAACAAACGAAAAUGGAACUGUUAAGAAGAAGAGAAAGAGAAGAAUAUUAAGACCUCGUAAGGCAUUCAUUACAUUAAGUCCAAAGGCCAUUGUCCAUUUAAAGGCAUUGAUGGAUCAACCUGAACCUAAGAUGAUUAGAGUCGGUACAAGAAAUCGUGGUUGUUCUGGAACAACCUAUGACUUACAAUAUAUUACUGAACCUGGGAAAUUCGAUGAAAUUGUAGAACAAGAUGGUAUUAAAAUUGUUAUUGAUUCAAAGGCCCUUUUCAGUGUUGUUGGAAGUGAAAUGGAUUGGAUUGAUGAUAAAUUGGCAGCUAAAUUCGUUUUCAAAAAUCCAAAUUCAAAGGGAACUUGUGGUUGUGGCGAAAGUUUCAUGGUUUAA